ACAGCUGUUAGUGGAUUGAUAAAGAACUUACUCAUUGUAGUUCUGUUAAUGAUUUUCCGCUGGUUGUGUUGCUCCCUUAAGGAUUUCAGGAGAUCAGAUGGCAGUGGGUUUGUUGAAGCCAUCAGUACAGAGUUCUGUUUAUUGCCUUCUGUUUUUAAGAAGGCAAUUUAAACCCAAGUCUUUAAGCCCAACCUCUUUUGAACAUAAGUUUUAUGAUUGGAUAAGUUUUUACUUGAACUAUUUAGGAAGGGAGAUGAUAGGAAGUGAUUCAAAAGGAGAUCUGUACUCUGAAGGGCAUACUGUAUAUUUGCUUUUUGGACAGUGUGACAUACUACCUUGAGAAUGGAAGCCCAAGAUAAAUUGCAGGUUGUCCUGCUUGGUACGACAGGGUCUGGUAAAAGUGCUUCAGGAAACACCAUACUUGGUAAAAAGGUUUUUAAAUCAUAUGCAUCUACUCAGUCAGUCACAGUAUCAAACCAGACUGAAACAGCGAGAAUUAAUGGAAUGGAAGUCACAGUUGUGGACACUCCUGGAUGGCACUGUACUAAAAUCUCUGAGGAUGAGGUCAUGUCACAAAUCAAAGCAGCCACUGCGUCACUUGAUGGGCAUUAUGCUUUUCUCAUGGUCAUCCCCAUUGGUUCCUAUACAGCAAAAGAGAUGCACAUGAUUUCACAAUUACGUAAAAUCCUAGGAGAUGAUUUUUUUACUCAUACUACAAUUCUGUUUUCAUUCAAUGAUAACCUUGAGUCAAAAUCCUUUGAUCAGUUUAUUACAGAAGAAGAGGGAGCACUGAAGAGUAUUAUUCAGUGCUGUGGAAAUCGAGUGCACACCUGGAACAACAAAGAUAGCUCAUCUGUGAAGAAUUUAAACAAGUUGUUAGAGGAUAUAAAAGAAACACAGAGAAUGAAUGAAAAGCCUAUGGAGAGCUCUCAGAGUGAAAAGCAAGAUGAAAAAAUUAUCAGAAAACCAGAACAAGAUCAAGUCACAUCUGAUGAAACAAUAGGACAUUCAGAUGCACAUAUGAAGAAGCACAAGAAAGACACUACAGAACCAAUGGACAAGACAAAUGAAGAAGUCAGAGUUGUUGUCUUGGGAAUGGCUGGGGUAGGAAAGACCUCAACCAUUACAACACUUUUAGGAAAUGAUAACAAAACUGAAAGGAGCCAAUCACCGAUUAAUAAAACCCGAAGGUCUGGGAUUAAUUUAGUGUUGAUUGAUUCUCCUGGAAUUAAGGAAGAAACAGAAGUGAGUGAUUCAAUCUCUCAGUCUUUGUCAUAUGCUGCUCCAGGGCCACAUGUCAUUAUGAUUGUAAUCAGAGUGGGACAAGUUACCACAGAAAACAUCAAAAUAAUAGAUCGCAUACACGCGUGCCUCCACAAAUCAAGAAAACACACAAUUAUCCUUUUCUCUGGAAAGGAUGAUCUAGAAAACAAAGGUAUUGAAGAAUACAUUAAGGAGAAUCCAGAGAUUGAAAAUCUUGUAAAAUUGUACGGCAAAAGGUUUCAUGCACUGAAUAACAAGGACGUCAAUGAUCAGACUCAAGUUAACCAACUGCUUGAAAAGAUUUCUGCAAUUUACCACGAAACCGAUGGUCACUUCAUCAAAGAAAAGAGGAAAGGUCCAGAUCACACAGAAGAAAAAAAGAAACCAGAAAAACUUAACGAUUUAAAGGGGGGCUUAUCCAUUUAAAAGAGACCUCAAGAAAUGCAAUACAACAUCGGAAAAGAGACGUGCUGGAAAAUGUUUCAUUUUAUCAUCUUUCCACACUUUCUUUUUUAUCUGAAUAUCAGAGUCACACCAAUAUUUCUAAAAAACAUUAUGUUUGCAAAUAUGUAAUAUUCUCUUCAAAGAUCAGCAUUAUGUUAACAACAGGUAACAAAGAGCUCAAGACUAAGCAGUGUAAACAGGAGUGAGGAUAAUAAACAACAAAAUAAAUAUUUCUGUGACAGUAAGUUGGAUGUACCAAGUAGGUUAGAAAUGAACAAAUAUAGGCUACUUGUGAUGAGGUAUUUGUUUUGCACAUUGUGUAACGAGUUUCUGACCAGAAUCACAGUGCCAUACUGAACAUCCUAAUGAUGACUUAUCUAUCAAGUGUAAUCAUUACAAUCAAAUGUACUACACAGGGUAUAAAUGGUGUUAUUAUUUAAAUACAAUACCUUUUUGUCCUUUAAAAUACCAUUUCCUCGUGCCAAUUGGAUUCCAUCUUGUUUUUGUACUUAAUGCAGUUUCUGUUUUGUCAUGUGAAUUUGUGUGAUGUAGGACUAUGUUUAUCCAGCCUGUUAGUGUAUUUUCUUUAAUAUUUGAUUUAAUCACUUUUUCUUUUGACUUUUUAACUUAGUAUUUGUGAAAUUCAAUAAACAUGAGAUUUAAACGUAUUAAUUGUUUAUCUUUCUACUGUUAUUUCAGUCAAAGUUUCAGGCGACUUCGGACAAGUCAAUUGUCAUUAAAUUUUCUACCCCUAAUCAUAACAGAAAACUUUGUUUUUAAAUUUUAUUAAAACAUUCUGAAAAAUGUACCUUGCACAGACAGAAAAAAAAUAUUUUCUGUUUCUUUAAUUAUGACUUUAUAAAGUGGUAUCAAACCAGCACCAUACACCUUCUUACUGUAAAUACAGUGAAAAUCCUUGUGUAUACGGGAAGAAUAGUUAAUUGUGUUGUGUUUUGUGUAGAGCUGUUUCAUUACCGUAUUUGCAUUUAUAUACGCAUUUGUCUUUUAUUUACAACCAUGCAGGUAUUUAUUUAAAUCAUCGUCAAUACCGUGUCAUUUGCAGAACUAAUGUUCGCCUCUGGGUGGGGUGUUUUCUCCUUUUUUGUGUCUCUUUGUAGGCUGUUGCCUUUGAUUUGUGUCUUGUUUGAUAUUAUAAAUGAUUGAUUCAAUAAAUCAGUAACAAUAUACAAUAUACAGGCUAUAAUACUAG